GGUGCGGGUGUGAGGAGGGUGGGCCCGGCCCGGGGAGUAGCUGCUCUCCGCCUGCGGCUGCUUCGCCCUCGGCCAACCGAUGGUCUGUGAGAAGCUCGGGCUUCAGUUUUUCCCAGGAUGGCUGCCUGGGUGCCUGCUGAUGCGCUGGGUCGCAGAAUCCUGUGUGGCACAGAACGUGCAACUGUACGCUAUGUUGGCAGUGUUCCUCCUACAGCAGGAGUUUGGCUUGGCGUGGAAUGGGAUGAUCCUCAGAGAGGAAAGCAUGAUGGUACCUAUGAAGGAACACAGUAUUUUAAGUGCAGGCAUCCUAAAGGAGGAUCGUUUAUCCGGCCAAACAAGGCAAAUUUUGGAGUAGAUUUUCUUACUGCAGUAAAGGAUCGGUAUCAAUUGAAUGAUGAGCAAGAUGUUCGACAUGGGACAGAGAAUACAUUGGUAUUUGGAAAGAAGACUGUGGAAUUUGUUGGCAUGGAUUCUGUUGCAGAACAACAAAGCCAACUGAACCAACUGGUAGAUAUCUCUGUGCGUGAGUGUGCAGUGAGCCAUGCUGGUCAGAAAGAAGAAAUCAGCAGAACGUGUGCUAAUAUCAGGCAUAUAAAUCUAUCAAAAAAUCUGAUAUCAUCGUGGGAGACAGUAACAGCUAUUGCUUCUCAAAUUCAAAAUCUGGAAACACUUAAUAUCAGUGAAAACAAAAUGAAAUUUCCAUCUGCAUCAACUUCUGUAUCCAGUGUAUUUUCAAAAUUGAGGAUUCUGGCACUUAAUCAAACUGAGAUAACAUGGUCAGAGGUUCUUCUUUGUGCUCCAGGAUGGCCAGUACUUGAAGAAUUGUAUCUUACUUCUAAUAAUAUUGCAGUUUUGGAAAGGCCUGAUAACGUCCUGCAGACCCUGAAGUUGCUUGACCUUUCGGACAACCAGUUACUGGAUGGAAAUCAGCUGCAUCUAAUAGCACAUCUCCCCAGAUUAGAACAGCUCAUACUUAGAAACACUGGACUAUAUUCUAUACACUUUCCUGAUGCUGGAUUUGGAUACAAGACUAAAAUGUUUCCUUCACUAAAACGCCUUGCAAUAAAUGACAAUAAAAUAUCACAGUGGUCAUCUAUCAAUGAGCUUGAUAAACUGCCAAGUUUGAGGUCACUGCAGUGUCACAAUAACCCGUUCAUGGACACGGAGAAGAACCCAGAGACCCUGAGGCAGCUAAUUAUUGCCAAGAUAAGUCAAUUGGAGGUUUUAAACAAAUCUGAGAUCCUUCCUGCUGAAAGAAAAGGAGCAGAGCUUGAUUAUCGCAAAAUAUUUGGAAAUGACUGGUUAGCAGCUGGUGGAAAUUGGAACCUGGAGGAAAACAAACCAAGCGAAGAAUUUCUCACUGCCCAUCCCAGAUACCCAUCGCUUUGUCUUAAAUAUGGUGCACCUGAAGAAGGAGAGCUGAAGGGACAACAGCCUUUGACUCUGAAAAACCAGCUUCUGAGUUUGACAAUUAAAUGUCCAGAGAAACCUGAACAGAAGCCAGUAGAGAAAAAGCUACCAGAGUCUAUGACUAUUCAGAGGGUCAAAGGAUUGCUGUAUCGCCUACUUAAAAUUCCUGGUUCAGAACUGAAACUGUCCUAUGAAAGUUCUAAACUGGAAGGAAAAGAAGUUGAACUAGACAAUGACUUAAAGCCUUUGCAGUUUUACUCAAUAGAAAAUGGAGACUGUGUGUUAGUACGGUGGUGAGGAGGGACUCGGGAUAGACUGAAGGAAAAGCCAACACUGGGCCUGCAGAGGGUAUGGACGGCCUGUGCCUGAGCACGGACGGGAGAACGCGAGUUUCACACGUGGCACCAGAGGGCUAUGCAAUAACACUUUCAGCUCCUAAACUUUAUCAGUCUCCAUGAAGCAUGUGCUUUUGGCUGAACUGUCUUACUUGAGAGAUACCAAACAGUGCUUAAAUGCUUCAGUUAAAUAAAACUCAAGGUAAUGCUUUUGCCAAGA